CGGCCUGGCGCCAGUUCCGCCCGCGGCGGGUGUGCAGUGGUGCGGUGCGUCCGCAGGGAUCCGUGCUCCGGGAGGGCCUGGGUGAGAGCCCGGCUCCGCGCCUCUGCUCCCGGAGCUACUGCCCGACUGCCUGGGGACGGGGACAGCUGUCGCGCUCGGACCUCCUCCGUGGACCCCUUCCGAGAAGGUGCGCCCAGCCAUGGAGGGCGCAGAGCUGGCCGGGAAGGUCCUUUCCACCUGGCUGACGCUGGUGCUCGGCCUCAUCCUCCUGCCUUCGGCCUUCGGGGUGUCUUUGGGCAUCUCCGAGAUCUACAUGAAGAUCUUGGUGAAAACUUUAGAGUGGGCCACAAUACGAAUUGAAAAAGGAGUCCCAAAGGAGUCGGGUCUUAAAAACUCAGCUUCUAUUGGUAUUAUCCAAAGAGAUGAAUCACCCAUGGAAAAAGGGCUCUCUGGUCUGCGAGGAAGGGACUUUGAGCUGUCUGACGUGUUUUAUUUCUCCAAGAAGGGCUUGGAAGCCAUUGUGGAAGAUGAAGUGACCCAGAGGUUCUCCUCAGAGGAGCUUGUGUCAUGGAAUCUCCUCACAAGGACCAAUAUAAAUUUCCAGUACAUCAGUCUGCGACUCACCAUGGUGUGGGUGCUGGGCGUCCUAGUACGCUACUGUGUCCUACUACCCCUGAGGGUCACCUUGGCUUUCAUUGGGAUCAGUUUGUUGGUUAUAGGAACUACACUGGUUGGACAGCUGCCAGACAGCAGCCUCAAAAACUGGCUGAGUGAAGUGGUCCACCUGACGUGCUGCCGGAUCUGUGUGCGAGCCCUCUCCGGUACCAUUCAUUAUCAUAACAAGCAGUACAGACCCCAGAAGGGAGGAAUUUGUGUUGCCAACCACACUUCCCCAAUAGAUGUUUUGAUCUUGACCACGGAUGGAUGCUAUGCUAUGGUUGGCCAGGUCCAUGGUGGAUUGAUGGGAAUUAUUCAGAGAGCUAUGGUCAAGGCUUGUCCACAUGUCUGGUUUGAACGCUCAGAAAUGAAGGAUCGACACUUGGUCACUAAGAGACUAAAAGAACACAUUGCUGAUAAGAAAAAACUACCCAUAUUAAUCUUUCCUGAAGGGACUUGCAUCAAUAACACUUCAGUCAUGAUGUUUAAAAAGGGAAGCUUUGAAAUUGGAGGAACCAUACAUCCAGUUGCAAUUAAGUACAACCCUCAGUUUGGGGAUGCAUUUUGGAACAGUAGUAAAUACAACAUGGUGAGCUACCUGCUUCGUAUGAUGACCAGCUGGGCCAUCGUCUGUGAUGUGUGGUACAUGCCCCCGAUGACCAGAGAGGAAGGAGAAGACGCCGUCCAGUUUGCUAACAGGGUUAAGUCUGCCAUUGCUGUGCAAGGAGGAUUGACUGAGCUUCCCUGGGAUGGAGGGCUGAAGAGAGCAAAGGUGAAGGACACCUUCAAGGAAGAGCAGCAGAAGAAUUACAGCAAGAUGAUUGUGGGCAAUGGAUCUCUUUGAAUUGGACUGAAUCCUACCCUGGUGAUAAAACCUGGCUUCUCACAACCAGCCCCUAGAAAUGGAAUGUGUUGGGUUUUUUUGGCGAGGGAGUAGAGUAUUGUUUUGUUUUACUGGUUUUGUUUCUUGUUGUUGUUAAUCUUUUCUACAGGAUGGAUCGUCUCUACCUCUUUAUGCCAGAGGCAGAACCCAUUGGGGGCCCUUUUCAGCUUUUGUUAUUGUUAUAGCUUAACUUCAUGAACUGUAAGGUAGGUUUACUGAGUUUAAACAGAUCCUGCCUUUUGUAAAAUGAUGAUGUCAUCGUUGAUUGAACGAAAUACUUGUGCAGGAAAAAGUGCUUCUAAAACACUUUUGGAAUUCACUGUGUUUCGAACUCGUUGAUAUGGUAAUUCUCAAAAAAAAUCCCCCAAGCUCUUUUCAUGAUUAAUUUUCUCACUCCUUCUCCCCUCACCUCCCUCUUCAAUCACUUAAACAGCGAGAUUACACAUCAGUUCAAGGUUACCUCCACGGUUACCUUCUACUGCAAGAUCGAAAAGAAAAAUGGAGGACGUUUUUUAGGAGAAAGGACAAAUUUGUGGCCACUUGAUCUGAAAGUUGAAAGCAAAUGUAAAUAUUUUUGUUUUU